AAAAAAAAAAAGAGAGAGGCGCGGAGAAAGAGGACUUCCGGAAGAGGUCCACUUCUUCUCUCCCGAUUUCCGUCAAAAAGCAAGAACAAAACCCACUAAAACUCGGACUCAUACGACCCUAAUCACGUCUAUAAAUAGUGAUCCCCUCUUUCAUGGAUUCCCAUCACCAAAUUUCUCAGGAAAUCACCGCCAGUUCCGAUCCCUUUCCUUGGGUUUUCACCGGAAAACUCACCGGUUUUCCUCGAGUAGCCUCGUCGGAUCUAGAAGUACACUUUGGACGAGAAGUGGAUAAGCUCAGGACUUACUCGUCUAUCACGAACUUCUCCUCUCUCUCUCUCUUUCCUCUAAGGCGGCAACGGGUGAUUCCGCUCAUGGCUCUCAAGUCUCUGCUCAAGACUGUCUUCUUUCUCUUUUUGGUGCUAUUUUUUGGGACUUCAGCUGGGCUCAAGGAGAGGGAAGGAUGCUACAUCGAGGCCAUAUAUAGCUUCGGAGACUCCAUUGCAGAUACUGGAAACCUUAUUCGUGAGGGUGUGGAUGGGGCUUUCGCACCCAUCGCACACCUUCCGUAUGGUGAGACCACUUUUAAGAGGCCCACUGGGCGUUGCUCCAACGGUCUGCUCAUGAUAGACUACCUUGCUUUGUCCCUCAAGCUUCCUUUUGUUAAUCCGUAUUUGGACAAGGAUGCUAAUUUCAACCAUGGAGUCAAUUUUGCUGUAGCUGGGGGCACUGCACUUGAUGUUUCCUUUUUCAAGGAAAGAGGCAUUAUGAUGCCUUAUACUAAUAGUUCUCUAAACGUUCAACUUGAAUGGUUCAAAUCCCAUCUUGAUUCUAUUUGCUCAUCACAAACAGAUUGUGCUGAAAAGCUUAAACAUGCUCUUUUUUUGGUGGGAGAGAUUGGAGGCAAUGACUAUAAUUAUGCCUUCUUUGGAGGAAAAUCCAUCACGGAGGUGAUGAACUAUGUUCCUCAUGUUGUGACAAGCAUAAUAAAUGCUGCUAAGGAAGUGAUUAAUAUGGGAGCUAUUCAACUAGUUAUCCCUGGAAAUUUUCCCAUCGGAUGUUUGCCAAGCUACUUAACAGCAUUAAAUUCAUCAGAUCCAGAUGCUUAUGACAACCGACUGUGUCUUAAAGGACCAAAUACCUUUGCAAUGCUCCAUAAUUUAAAACUUCAAGAAGCGAUACAAGAGUUGAGAGAGUCAUAUCCCCAUGUGGUCAUCAUGUAUGCAGAUUACUACAAUGCCUUCAUGACUCUCCUUGACAAUGCACUGGAUUUAGGUUUUGACAAGAAUUCAUUGAUGAAAGCUUGCUGUGGAGGUGGUGGCGAACAUAACUUUGAUGCCACCAAAAUGUGUGGUUCUCCAGGAGCUUCAACAUGUGACAACCCUGCUCAACAUAUAAGUUGGGAUGGAAUUCAUUUAACACAGGAGGCAUACAUGAUCAUGGCACGACAGCUGAUCAGUGGUGGAUUCGUUUAUCCAAGCUAUGGAGUCCAGGAGAAGUGGAAAUGCUGGUAUCGGAUUGGCGAGUCACUUUCCUGAGCUAUUGAGACCAAGAGAAGUGGGAGCCCUAAUGUUGAUAUAAUAUCUUAUCCUAUUUAGCCUAGCUAGGAACUUGGACCAGGUUGUUGAUUAGUCUGUUCUUGUUUUUAUUUUUAUUUUUUAUUUUUUUCGUUUUUGAUGAUUUGUUUAGAGUAUUAGUUAUCUAUCUUUGAGGAAUCUGUCAUUUUGUGCUUCAUCAAUUAUAGACAUUUCCCCUAUAUUUGAUGGUCAAGAUUCUUUCU